AUGAAGAUGAAAAAAAUCAGCAGAUUUUCUAGUUUCAUUCACAUACAGCACAUGGUUUUCUUUGAAGUCAGCAUUGGGAUCAUAGCCAACUUGAUCUUGCUUCUCUUUUGUGUCCUCAUAAUACUUCUGGAGUGCAGAGCCAAGCCUGCUGAUCUGACCAUUGGUCAUUUGGCCUUUAUUCACACAAUGUUGCUCUUAAAUAUGGUUUUCAUAGCUAUGGACAUUUUUGGAUAUCAGGAUUUGUGGGAUGACAUCACAUGUACAUCUGUUAUCUAUCUGAGUAGGUUGAUGAGGGACCUCUCCGUCUGUACCACCUGCCUGCUGAGUGUCCUCCAGGCCAUCACCCUCAGCCCCAGAAGCUCCUAUUUGGCCCAGUUCAAAUGGAAAUCCCUGCUUCAGAACCCGUGUUACUUGCUCUUUCUUUGGGUUUUCAAUAUGAUCAUUAAUGGUCGCAUGUUAAUCUCCACUGUUGCCACUCCCAAUGUGACUUCAAACAGUGUUAUGUUACUUACCACAUCCUGUUCACUUUUGCCCAUUAGUUCCUUUCUUAAGUACAUGUUUUUCUCACUUAUGACUUUCCAGCACAUAUUGUUUAUAGGACUCAUGGCAGUCUCCAGUGGGUACAUGGUGAAUCUCUUGUGCAAGCAUAAAAGGCAGUCCCAGAAUCUUCAUAGCACCAGCCUGUCUCCAAGAGCAUCUGCAGAACAAAGGGCUACCUGGACAAUUUUAUUGCUUAUGAGUUUCUUUAUUGUUAUGUACACUUUGGACUGUGUUAUUGGGUCCAUCUUUUCGAUCUUGUGGAAUAAUGACCCAUUUCAUCACUGUGUUCUGUUAUUGGUUGGCAAUGGCUAUGCCACAGUCAAUCCUUUGGUUCUCAUCAGUAGUGAAAGACGAAUGAUGAGGUGUCUCAUAUUCAUGUGGGGGAAAGAUAGUAGAUGA